AUGUUGCCACUGUGGCUCUCAGCAUCAUUCCUCUGUCAGUUUAAAGUUAUUGCCAAAUUUGGUUUCCAGCAGCUUCAUCAUCUGGAUAAGGAGAGCACGUCAUUGGUUUAUAGUAACCGCUCUAUUUCAGAUCGACAAGCGGUCUUAAUUGCUGUGCCACAAGCUCGUAUUUCUGAUUUCUAUAGUAAUUCAGUAUAUGGUCAAACAUGUGAUUCAGUGUUAAGCAAAAUAAACACUAUUGUUUUUGACCGACACUGCUUCCCUAAUGGAACAAGCGACUUGAUUCGUUGGGUACCAUGCCAAAAAGGGAGCAUCUGCAAUGAGACGAGCAAGGAGAAAGUCAAUCAUGGAUAUCAGUUAACGUUGAGAAUUGAGCAGUUGGAUACUCCGCAGUACUGGUACGUUAUUUUGAUGAAAUGUACUCUCAACGAGAAUUGCAGUUGGGUGCCUCCGAGAAAAAAUAUUGACCUUAAUUAUGAUUUGUGGCUUACCAAUGGCAACCCUAUGUCAAAGAACACUGACUUGUUCUCAUAUCAGUUCAGUUUUGAUGAACAGGAUACUAUUCUGAUUUACUUCGCUGCUCUCGUUAUGUAUUUAACUCUAUCUUUAUUUGAAUGGCGUGCAGUUGUGACUCGUAAACAGACAUAUAUUUCAAGCAAACAAAAACUUUUGUGUCUCAUCUUGUUUACUAAGAUUUUGGGUUUAUUUUUGCAAACUUUAAACAUUAUUGUGUUUGCAUAUGACGGCAGGGGACUAUUUGUUGCCCGAUUUCUUGGAGAAUUUUUUCGUCUUUUUGCUGUCUGUAUAUUAUAUUUACUGCUCAUUCUUCUCAGUCGCGGGUGGUCCAUCAACGAUUAUGGUAAAAGCGCAUUAAACCGUACAGUAAUCGUUUUUUUUGUUGUGGAUAUUUUACAUGAUAUUGACGUAUUCAAGUCGUGGCCAGGUUACGGGAUGUUGCUUAUAAGAAUGUGUCAAGCACUAUGGUUUCUAACAGAGAUUCGAUAUACUAUCAGGCGGUAUUUGCUAUUUUUUAUACAUCUAACUUUUAGGCGAAUACUUUUUUAUUAUGUUGUUGUUUUUUUUUUUUUCAGCGAACGGGUUAUAGUUUCGUUUAUAUCUGUUUUAUGGCGUUUCAAAGUUAUUUUAGCUAUAACUACAUUUGCUAAUUUUAUUGCGAUAUGCUCACUUGUACAUUUAUUCUGGCCAACGGGUUCUUAUAGUCGAUUUUUUACUGCAGCAAAUAACCCUCACCGGCGACUUGACAGUGUAAACUCUGCUGAACUGAGAGAUAUGGAGUAUCUUCUGCAGGAUAGCGAUUCUGAUUCUGAAAGUCUUGUUCUUGACCUCCGUAGCAUCUAA